AUGGCAGAAAUUAAACGCAUUAUUGCCUUGAUUAAAGAUGAUGAAAUUGUGGAAGACACUCAUUCUGACUCUCCUCAUAAUGAUCAUUCAUCACCCCCAUCUGGUAAUAAUCCUCCUCCACAUCCUCAUUCAUCAAAUCCUCUUCCUCGCACACCCUAUCCUCCUCAUAACCAGAUGGUUGUCACACCAGAUCCUGAGCCUGAAAACACUGACAAUCAAUUUGAGACUGAUAAAGAUUAUGAAUUUUAUGAAGGGUCUCAUAGUGACAUUGAGUUUGAUGAUGAUCAGCUCAUUCCAAGAAAAAGAAAGGAUCCCUUCUCAGGGGGAGCUUAUGUUGCUGAAGUUUGUAGCUCCUCAACCCCUGAUAGUUUCUCAGAUCCUAAAAGCAAAGUGAUAGUCAAUUUGGGAGAUUUAGGUGAGGAAUGGAGACUUCCAUUAGAAGAAGUCAGUGAAAUCAUGAUGGAGCACAAUGCUACAGCACGAAAGGAUGAAGAAAAAUGUUGA